AUGACCGAGCACGUUCCCGUGGUGAUCAUCGGCGGAGGCAUCGGAGGACUCACCCUCGGUGCCCUCCUACGCCGCCUCGACAUCCCCUUCGUCAUCCUUGAGCGAGCGCCUGUCGUGACGCCUCAGGGGGCCGGAAUCUCUCUUGCUCCGAACUGUUUGCGCGUAUUGGAGCAGCUCGGCCUCCUGCAGGCCAUCCAAGUCAAUUCGCAGGAGCUCCUCGGCAUUCGAGUAUACCGGGAAAAGGACUGCUGGGGCACCAUCAACUUCGGACUUGCGAAGCGCUGGUUCGGAUAUAAUGUCCAUUCGAUUGAGCGGCAUGAGUUCCAUCGGUAUCUGUACGAGGCAGCCGGCGGCGCAGAGACGGUGCGAUUCGGGUGGAAUGUGGUAGACAUCGUGGACGGCGAGAAUGCGCGCGCGCCAGUGCGCGUGGUGAGCGAUGAUGGCCGAACAAUCUACGCCGACGUGGUCGCCGGUGCCGAUGGGAUCCGGAGUGCAACUCGCCGUAUUGUAUGCUCUCUACUCUAUAGUGCGCGUCAUCUACUGACAGACGCAGCUUGCUGGUUCUUCGGGCCUCAAAGCCGAGAAUACGAUUCGCUUCACGGGACGAGUUCACAUGUCGGGAUACACCCAACCGUUAGAACAUCUGACUUCCGACGAUCUAGGAAUGGGCCACUGGAUGUUGUAUAA